CAAAACAAGACAUAUGAAUAGAUUCUGUAAUAGUAUACAAGGCUGCAUAUACCGGUGUUUAGAAUUACUACAGAGAGAGGCCGAGGGCAUCUUCAUCUAGAUGGCACUAGACGCAGUGAUCAUCAACCUGCGGACCUCCGGAUGUUGCAAAACUACAACUCCCAGCAUGCCCGGACAGCUAAAACCUGUCUGCCUCCUCCAGAGGAUCUACACUGAUCAUGAAAGUUAAGGCCUAUUCUAUAGAGCGGAUUAUAGGAGGAGAAGAAUGUGUCCCUCAUUCCCAGCCGUGGAUAGUGGCGCUCUACUUUUUUGAUAGAUUUACCUGUGGCGGAGUGCUCAUAAAUGAAUCCUGGGUUCUGACCGCUGCUCAUUGCAAUGUGUUGAACAUCCAGGUCCGUCUUGGAGAACAUAACCUGACCUAUUAUGAUGGAGCAGAGCAGUUCACGUAUGUGGUGAAGAUGUGUCCUCAUGAGAAUUACAACAUGAGGACGUACGACAAUGACAUCAUGCUCCUGAAACUGGCAUCGCCAGCUAUAAUCAAUGACUAUGUGACUACCAUAUCUUUGCCCUCUGAGCCGAUUGAGGAUUCUGUCAAUUGUGUCAUCUCAGGAUGGGGGACGAUCACCAGUCCUGAGGUGGAUGGACGCUCCUACAACCGGAUUAUUGGAGGUAACGAGUGUAAGCCGAACUCUCAGCCGUGGCAGGCCAGCCUCCACUAUUUUGACCAGCACGCUUGUGGAGGAGUCCUGAUAGACCAAAACUGGGUCCUGACAGCUGCACAUUGCCAACUACCGAGUCUGCAGAUUCGCCUCGGAGACCAUAAUAUAGAGGAGUAUGAAGGCACCGAGCAGUUCACCUAUGCUGAGAAGAUAUGUCCUUACCCAGGAUUUGACCCCGUCACCUAUAACAAUGACAUCAUGUUGCUGAAGCUGCCGUCUCCCGUCACCCUCAAUGACAACGUUCAGAUCAUCCCCCUUGGCUGCCCACUACCUCGUGAUGGAACCCAGUGCCUAGUCUCAGGGUGGGGGUCCACCACCAGCCCCGAGGGAAGCUUUCCGGCUGCGCUGCGCUGUGUGAACGUGGAGCUCACGGCUGACAGUGUCUGUAGUGAAGCCUAUCCUGGUGAGAUAACUGAGAACAUGCUGUGUGCUGGAGUAUCGGCCGGAGGGAAGGACACCUGUCAGGGCGACUCUGGGGGACCCCUGGUGUGUAAUUCCCAGCUGAGCGGAAUCACUUCUUGGGGUAACAUUCCGUGUGCCGUAGCCAACCGCCCCGGUGUAUAUACCAGAGUGUGCAACUACCUGGACUGGAUCCAAGCCACAAUUGCAAAUGGCGACUGUCUCCCAUAAUGGAAGCCAAUCGCAGGGGCAAUUUGAACCAGCAUCUAACCCAUUGGAGACCCUCUAAGACCUUCUGAAUACUGAACUUUUACGAAUCUUAUUCUUAAAGUCUUACGAUCCACUUUUUUCUGGAUUUUCCAGUGUUACUUGAGAUCUCAAUUAACCUCUCUGCAAAACUCCCCAAUUUUUUUUUUAAUCUUAAAUUCAAGGCUGCUCAACCACAAUUUGAUAUUAAAUCCGGCUUUCUUUGUUUCUUCAUUUUCCAAUAUAUUGUUAGAGAUCUGCUUUUUCUGAUGCAGAGCUCCAAAUCCAGUGUUUGGGCUCC